CGGACCUUUUUUUUUUUUUUCAUCCAUGGAUAUUUGUAUUUACUAAAAGACAUCAACUUUUUGCACGUUCACAUUCACGUAAACCAAAGGAGCAUUGCUAUUAAAAUUAGAAUUGUUCUAAAACACUCUCAAAUAUGUUUGCGGUACCCGGUUGGGCAGUGUCUGCGGACACUCUAAAACCGGAGAAAGCAGUGGUGGCAUCCAAACCAGCGGCGGCGGCAGCAGCGAAACCAACAGCAGCAGCCGACCAGGAAGAUCCCAACCUGAAGAAGCGCAAGAGGCCAUCUGGGCCAAACGUCAACGCUUCCAACGUUGCAGAUCUUUAUGAGCGGGUGAUUGAAGGACGAUCAGAGAAGCGGCCCAGGCCUGACAAGCGCCAGGGUGGUGGUAGUGAGGCAAACGGUUUCAGCGGCACGGAUGGCAAACCAACAACAGACCGUCCGAAGAAAGUGACGUUGAAGGAGAAGAAGAAGCUAUGGAAGGCGAGGCUUCUGCUGGAAAGUCAGGAGGCCGCUGAUCAGGGCAAACCUACGGAUGGCAGUAGUAAAAAGUCACCUGACACUGCACCGGCGAAGAACGAAAAGAACAAGAAGUCUUCGAAAGCCCCGGAAGGAAAAGACGCAGGAAAAGCCAGCCAGGUGUCUGCCCCUCCGGCACCAGCAUCAAAAUUGACGCCCUUACAAGCCGCGAUGCGCGAAAAGCUCGUGUCGGCUCGGUUCCGCCAUCUCAACGAGACGCUCUACACCAAACCAUCCACCGAGGCGUUCGAGCUGUUCCAGGACUCCCCCGAGAUGUUCCAGGAGUACCACGAGGGGUUCCGGCGGCAAGUCGAGGUGUGGCCGGAGAACCCCGUGGACGGGUACAUCAAGGACAUCAAGCUGCGGGGGCGGCAGAAGCCCCCCCAGCGAUCCCGCAAUAAUAACGGGCCCACCCCCACCGGCGGCAUCGCUCCCCUACCACGCACCAACUACGUCUGCACGCUCGCGGACCUGGGGUGCGGCGACGCCAAGCUGGCCGAGUCGCUGCAGUCCGAGAAGAAGAAGCUGAAGCUCGACAUCCGCAGCUACGACCUGCAGAGCCCGAGCGCGCUCGUCACCAAAGCCGACAUCGCCAACCUGCCCCUCGACGACGGCAGCGUCAACGUCGUCGUCUUCUGUCUCGCCCUCAUGGGCACCAACUGGCUCGACUUCGUCGAGGAGGCCUACCGCAUCCUGCACUGGAAGGGCGAGCUCUGGGUCGCCGAGAUCAAGAGCCGCUUCGGCCCCCUCGGCGGCAAAAGCAACCGCAACGGCGCGCCCGUCGACCACAGCGUCGGAAACCGGCGAAAGGCCCCCCCACCAGGCGGAAGAAAGGGCAAAUCCAAGGACGGAGAAGGGGGCGCCGGUGAGGAGAAAGAAGAAGCCGCGGCGCUGGCCGUCGAAGUCGACGGCGCCGACGACAAGCGCGACGAGACCGACGUCUCGGCCUUCGUCGAGGCGCUGCGCAGGCGCGGCUUCGUCCUGCAGGGCGACGUCGACCUGCAGAACAAGAUGUUCGUCAAGAUGCACUUCCUCAAGGCCGCCGCGCCCACCGUCGGGAAGUGCGUUGAUCACACAAAGGAACCCCCUGCUCCUCCUGCUCGUGGGGCUGGGGCUGGGGCUGGGCAUGGGCCGAGGAGGAAUAAUCCCGUCAAGUUCAUCGAUGCGGAGAGGAGUGCGCAGGACGAGAGCGCUAUUUUGAAGCCUUGCGUGUAUAAGCUGCGUUAAUAAUAACAAUAAUAAUAGGGGUACUACGUAGCUAACAGGGAGGCAUUUCUGUAUCGUAUGUAUCUGAAUGCUGUCCAUACAAACCUAGGUACCCAGUAUGUAAUAGACAAAACCCCUAGAUAGAAUCCUAGAAAAUUCUAAUGUGUAACGACUUAAAGUUCAGAACUUUCAAUGUUCCUUUUUUAUUUUUCCCUAAUUUGUAGAGUGCAAUUAUAUACCUAGCUCGAUGAUCUCUCU